UGGAUGUCAGAAAUAAGAGGGAUCAGGAGCUGAAGUUUUGGUAUAAUUGGAGGUAUUGCUUUUGAAUGGAUCGGAGACUAGAGUAGGGGUUCUGGACUCAGGUUUUCAGUGGGUUGGGGAAGCUUUUGGUUGAAGAAGCUGGUGACUUGCUUUGAGUUUGAUAUGUCUCCUCUCUUUUUCUUGGUCAGAAGAUAUAAUAUAUCUGCUUUAUAAUCUGGUCAUUUGAUUUGUGCAUUCAAGUGAGUUACGAGGAUUGAUUGUAAGCAGAAGAGCCUAGAAGCUGGAAGUGAUUAGGGUUUCUUUCUUCAAAGAUUAGCGUGACAGAGAUGUAAGAUGCCCGAUGCCAGUUAUUCUGAACUCCAUUUAGGAAAGCUUUACGAGCAAAGAAACCUACAUAAAGCCAUUGAGGAUUCGAGAUGUUCAUACCACAGUUUGUUGGACAUGCAGUUGAUGUGGGAGCAAGUGUUUGAAUGUGUCCCUGGGUUCCCCCCUGCUUGAUGAUCAGAACUUGAUGAGAAAGUUGUGGGCAAGGAGCAAAUAAUUAUCAGGAUAGGGACUAGGUUUAGGGUUUCCUUAACUUUUUCCACUGUGGUCAAAGGGAGAUGAGAGACGUGCAAGGUCAAACUCUCCAGUUUAAUAUCACUUGUUAGCUGAGAAAGAACUAAGAGGCAUGAAGAACCUACAACUUUAAGGUAUAUGAUGGCCCCAAACAUGAGCACAACAGACCACAGAACUCGCAGCUCAAUGUCAAUAAUUAUCGUGGUUGGGCUGUGCUGUUUCUUCUAUGUAUUAGGUGCAUGGCAAAGGAGUGGUAUUGGAAGGGGUGAUAGCAUAGCUCUGAGGGUUACGAGAGAAACAGAUUGUACUACACUGCCAAAUUUAAAAUUUGAGACUCAUCAUAGUGGUGGAGUUAGCCUGGAACCUUCUGAAUUAAAUGUGAAAGUGUUUGAACCAUGUGGUGUUCAUUACAUAGAUUAUACUCCUUGUCAAGAUCAAAAUCGAGCAAUGCAAUUUCCAAGAGAAAAUAUGGCCUACAGAGAGAGGCACUGCCCUCUUGAGAAUGAGAAAUUACAUUGUCUUAUCCCAGCACCUAAAGGUUAUGCGACUCCUUUCCCCUGGCCGAAGAGCCGUGACUAUGUGCCCUAUGCAAAUGUUCCUUACAAAAGCUUGACUAUUGAGAAAGCUGUUCAGAAUUGGGUUCAACUUGAGGGUGAUGUAUUUAAAUUUCCAGGUGGAGGAACAAUGUUUCCUCAGGGAGCGGAUGCAUAUAUUGAUGAACUUGCAUCUGUUAUUCCAAUUGCAGAUGGGACUGUUAGAACUGCACUUGAUACUGGCUGCGGGGUUGCAAGCUGGGGUGCUUACCUCCUAAAAAGAAAUGUAUUGGCUAUGUCCUUUGCACCAAGGGACUCACAUGAAGCUCAAGUACAGUUUGCUCUAGAGCGAGGUGUUCCUGCGGUAAUUGGAGUGCUUGGAACAAUAAAGCUUCCAUAUCCAUCUAGAGCCUUUGAUAUGGCUCAAUGUUCUCGCUGCUUAAUCCCGUGGACGUCAAAUGACGGGAUGUACAUGAUGGAAGUAGAUAGAGUCCUCAGACCUGGAGGGUACUGGAUAUUGUCUGGUCCUCCUAUUAAUUGGAAGACUUACUAUAAGACAUGGAAGCGAUCUAAGGAUGAGCUCAAGGAGGAACAGAGUAGAAUUGAGGAGUUGGCUGAAAUGCUUUGCUGGGAAAAGAAGUAUGAAAAAGGAGAUCUUGCUAUUUGGAAGAAGAAAGCAAAUGCAUGCCAUAGAAGAAAAGAUCUUUCUCCUAGGAUGUGCAAAACUGCAAAUUCUGAUGAUGUUUGGUACAAGAAGAUGGAAGUAUGCAUAACUCCCUUCCCAGCAGUAAACAAUCAGGAUGAAGUAGCUGGAGGACAGUUAAGAAGGUUUCCAGAUAGACUAUUUGCUGUUCCCCCGAGAAUAGCUGGGGGAUAUGUUCCAGGUGUCACAAAGGAGGCCUAUGAGGAGGACAAGAAAUUAUGGAAAAAGCAUGUUAAUGCUUAUAAGAAGAUGAAUAAUUUAAUCAGCUCAGGGAGGUAUCGAAACAUAAUGGACAUGAAUGCAGGUUUUGGAAGUUUCGCAGCAGCAAUUGAAUCACCAAAGUCAUGGGUAAUGAAUGUUGUUCCUACCAUCUCAGAGAUAAAUACUUUGGGCAUUAUCUAUGAGCGAGGUCUAAUUGGCAUGUAUCAUGACUGGUGUGAAGCCUUCUCUACGUACCCCAGGACAUAUGAUCUGAUACAUGCAAGUGGUCUCUUCAGCUUAUAUGAGAACAAGUGUGAAAUGGAAGAUAUCCUUUUGGAAAUGGACCGCAUCUUACGUCCUGAAGGUUCAGUCAUACUCCGUGAUGAUGUAGAUGUUUUGAACAAGGUGAAGAAAACGGUGAGUGGUAUGCGGUGGAAGACCAAGAUGCUGGAUCAUGAAGAUGGUCCUCUUGUGCCUGAAAAGAUUUUAAUUGCCGUUAAACAAUAUUGGGCUGGCAGCGGACGUAAUUAUACUUCUUAAGAAAUGAACAAUGAUAGCAUCAGUGGAAAGAGAGGCAAAUUUAUCCUGCCACCUUUUGGAACACGGGGGAUGUUGAAAUUUCAUUGUUUGUGGCAUCAUCUGAUUCUCAUGCCGCUGUAUCAACCUUUUGCUUUUAUUUUUCAAGAUAGAAGGGUAAAUGCUUAUGAGAGGGCUUCAGGUAGACAAUCUGAGGUUCUCCAGAUAUCACUCAGAGGAUCAAACAUAGUGUUCUCCAAUGUAUAGUAUCCACGGCAAACUUAGCUUCAAGCUGUAUUGUGAUCAGAUUCACAGCCCCUAAAAGGGAUGUCGUAGGAGUGGCUGAACUGAUUAUUAAGUUAUUUAUCUAGACCAUGCUUUGGACUCUAGCAAGCUCCAGGUUAAUUUGAUCACUUAUAUGCUAACUGAGACGAAUCACAAGGUGAGACUGGUUGGGUUGCAUUCUAA